AUGGGUUUCAGGUUGCCAAGAAUAGUUAAUGCUAAGCCAAGUUUGAAACGAACACUUUCAUCAUCGGAGACGAUAAUAAUACCCAAAAGCCACUUUCCUGUUUAUGUUGGAGAAGUAGAAAAUAAGAGAUUUGUUGUUCCAAUAUCAUUUCUGAAGCAUCCUUCAUUCCAGAAUUUGUUAAGUCACGCUGAAAAAGAGUUUGGUUUCAAUCAUCCUAUGGGUGCUUUGACAAUCCCUUGCAGCGAAGAAGCUUUCAUUGACCUCACUUGCAAUCUGCAAAACUCAUGA